AUGAAUAAGGCUCAACCGUUAACCAUUCAACUUCCCCCAUACAACACCAACAACUCAAGUCAACCACCUCCACCUCCUUCCUCAUUUCCUGGCUAUUCUCAACCACCCCAACUUCCUACUAGUAAAUCAUCAUCAUUCCCUUUCAACCUCGGGAUUCAGCACAAUAACCCAACAUCGGGAUCAACCACCAUCGUUCCACCUCCCUCUUCUCCUCUUUCAACAUCAACAGCCUUCCAUAACAAUGGUAAUAUUGCAAUAACAACAAUACCAUCUCUCCCACUCUCUCCAAUUCUUCAAACCAACAUGUACAGUAGUGGGUCAAAUUUACCUAAUAAUACGACCAAUUCAUCUGCAACGUUCCUUGUGUUUGGAAGGAAACUUGAUGUUUCCGAGUUACUUGGUAAUAACAAACAACAAGCACCACUCUAUUCCAUGAUGAGAGGAUGGUAUUUAUCCAACUUUGAAAAGAAAACUCACCCAAACGCUCUACCUGCAGUCGCAUCUUCGACCUCAUUAGAAUCAUCCUAUGUGGUUAUUAGAAAGCCUCCGGUUUCAAAUCAAAGAUUCCCUCUUCAUUAUAAAAGUGGUACAGAAUUGGUGAACCGUAGAGGUAGAUUCAAAGAUAAGAAGAAUCUAGUUCAAGAAUUAAAAGAUUGGUGCAAGAAAUGUAAGGAAAUGAGAAGAGAGGAACGAAGAGUUCGAGAACAGCAGGAAGAAUUUCUUUGCAAAGAAGUUGUGUUGUAA